AUGACGACGGCUCCGCCUCAACGACAACAACUCUGCCUCGACUACGAUGGCUCCCCCGAUCCUCUCACUGAUUGGGUAUAUGAUUGGGUUGAGCGUUUGAGUAGCAAUGGGAGGUUGAGGUCAGACAGAGACAAUGAAUUGAAAAUGGAGCUAUAUGAUUGGGUUGAGACGGAUGCUGAUAUCAGUGAUAUACUUGAAUACUCACUGAAAUAUUUCAGUCAGUUAUGUGGUGCUAAUCCUGAUCCUACCAAUGGCUUCAUCUCCAUCCCAUUAUCAGAGUACAACUUCGAAUUGCAGAAACCCUACGACAUACCACUUGAGCAACGGUACAGUUAUGUCGAUGGUGUAAGGCAUUUGUGGGUCUAUGCUGAUGACAAGCCACAUGACCCGAAUAGUCUUACUCAGCCACGCACUGAAGUUCGCAUUCGGGGACUCGACUAUUCAUCUGGAGUUUGGCAAUUUGAAGGGUAUGGCUUUGUGCCAAAUGGAACCUCUGGUGCAACCGUAGCACAGAUCCAUGGAGCAGCUCACGGCGCAACCACUAUCAUACUAAGAAUCUACAAUGGCGAUAUGAGGUAUUACAGUGGAGAUCUGGUGGCUACUGAUCUUUAUGAUAGAUGGUUCAGACUUAACAUUGUCCAUGACGUCGAUGGAGGGACUGUGACUGUUUAUAUUGAUGGACUCCAGAAGUUUCAAGUGAAGGAUAAAGGGCCGGGCGACUUGUACUUCAAAUGUGGAGUUUAUGCUGCUCCCGCUAAUAUAAGCUACUACAUGGAAUCACGUUGGAAAGGCAUCAAAAUAUAUAAAAAGUGUUAA